CUCGGGGUCUGAGGGAUUAGGGGGAGAAGGGGAUGAGCCGCUGACAGUCUCCUGCCAGCAGCGGAGGCGGCGACUGGGACCCCAGAUACCGGGCUGUGCCGAAAUAAAUACACUGAAAACAGUGCGGGCCUGCGUGUGGGGCCCUCAGGGGGUCUCUGUAUCCCCUCAGGGGGUCUCUAUCCCGAGUGAAGUCUUCGGGACCCCUGGGACCCUCUUCCUGUCCCGUACCCCCCGUGUGCCGACCUGGGCGCCUCCCUGCGCUGCCCGAUGCCCCCGUGGCUCCGGGUCCCCCCACGACGCCGGCACAGCCCCGGGAGCCCCGCCCGGGGACUCCGAAGCUCGCGCUGCUGCCGGGCGCAGAAGAUGGCCGAAGCGCCCGAGACGGAAGGGCUCGGGGAACGGCCGGGCAGCUCGGGGGCCACGAACGGUCCCGGGGGCUCGAGGGCGAGGCCCCACGGCCCGAGGCCUCCUCCUGACGACGGCGACGUCGUCGUCACUCCCUCCAAGCGCAACCCCGACGGCCGCUUCGUCAACCCGUGGUCCACGUGGAAAACGCCAGACAAGAAACACGCUCUCAAGUGGAUGCUGACGGAGAAGGACUUCAGCAAGGUGCCGGCGGCCGAGGAGCUGCAGCGCACGCUGCCGGUACACAAGCCGUACUUCGUGGAGGGAGCCGGUGGCAGCGGCGGCUCUCCUCCUGAGAGCGUGCGGGUCACGUGGCUGGGCCACGCGUGCGUGCUGGUGGAGCUGGAAGGUUUCUCCUUCCUCACGGACCCCGUGUUCAGCGAGCGCGCCUCGCCCGUCGGAUUUGCGGGGCCGCGCCGCUACCGCCCGGUGCCGUGCACCGUCGCCCAGCUGCCCGAGGGCCUGGACGCCGUGCUCAUCAGCCACAACCACUACGACCACCUCGACCACAACUCCGUCGUGCAACUCAACCGGCGCUACGGCACUCGCCUCUCCUGGUUCGUGCCGCUGGGCCUGGCCGGAUGGAUGCAGAACACCGGCUGCGAGAACGUCCAAGAGCUGGACUGGUGGAGCGAGCGGAGCGCCGGCUUGCGGAGCAACAUCACGGUGGCCUUCACGCCGGCGCAGCACUGGUGCAAGCGGGGCGCGUUCGACGACAACAAAGUGCUGUGGGGCAGCUGGUGCGUGCUGGGCACUGACGCACGGUUCUACUUCGCCGGCGACACGGGCUACUGCGACGUGUUCCAGCAGAUCGGCCGGCGCUACGGCCCCUUCACGCUGGCGGCCAUCCCAAUCGGAGCCUACGCGCCCAGCUGGUUCAUGUCCAGCCAACACGUGGACCCAGAGGCGGCGGUGAAGAUCCACGUGGACGUGAGAGCUGGUUACUCCGUGGGCAUUCACUGGGGAACCUUCAGCCUGGCCAAUGAGUUUUACCUGGAGCCGCCGCAGAAGCUGGCGGAGGCCCUGAGCGCGGGAGGCCACAAGCCGGACGUGUUCUUCGUACUCCAGCACGGCGAGACGCGGGACGUGGGGCCCGGGGGGUGGCGGCCGUUCCCUCGCUAGGCCUUCCGCGUCACGGGCAGCACGGACCAACCCGCCUCUCUCCUGGCAGCCUCUCUCGUGCUCUAAGUUUGACCUGCCCUGACGAUUCCCAAGAGUAGGUAGAUUUGGAGUCUUAGCGUGCCAAGGGGCGACUUUGGCCGAGGAAGAUGCACUUUACUCAGAGAUGGUGGUGGAAUGACGGAUGAUAAUUUAUCACAUGAUUGUGUUUCUAUACCUGUGGUUACCCCCUCCCCCCUCAGCCUGACUCCAUGCUCUGUGCUGACGAGCAAGGCUGGGCGGGGCUGGGCGUUAUUUAACGGAUUACUUGCAAGGCAGCGACACUCCACCAGCUGCUGCUUCGAACUCCCUCGCCUGCCAGUGCCGCACGGAGAGGACAGUGCAGCGGGCGUCUAAGGAAGAUGUGAGCCGGUCACGUAAUGUGUCCCGUGACCCGAUUGUCUGUGCCCGAGAGCAGGGCAGUACUGCGCAGGCUUGGCCAGACUCGGCGAACAAAUAGCAAGCAACGGCCGGGCCCCAGGUUGACCUUAUCCAAGAUGCUUUUGUAAUCUAUCAACUGCAUUUUACACUUUUCAUUUUAUAAACGUAAAGAAAAUAAACCAAAGUGUGCCUCGA